AUGGUCGUCUCCCCUCAAGUCACCCUCAUCGAGCUCACCCCGGACGAGUUGUCGACGAAAAAAGUCGGCUCUCACAAUCUGCAGGCCGCAGUCGAGGCGCUUCAUCGAGAUGGCAUCGUCGUCCUCAAGAAUGCCGUUGAUGUGGCACAUCUCGACAAGCUUAACGAGAGAAUGGUACCUGAGGCUCAGGAGCUCUAUGCGAGACCUUCCACGCAUCGCAACUUUGGUCCCACCACGGGGAAUAUCCAACAAGAGCCAGUGCUAGAGGACGGCUACAUCUUCGAGGAUGUGUUGGCGAACCCUUUCGCAAGCGACGUGGUACAGUGCAUGCUCGGCCCAAAACCACAGCUACGAUUCUACAGCGCCAACACGGCUUUCAAGGCAACCGGCCGUCAACCUCCGCACAUCGACAUCGACUUUGACUUCCCUAGAGUCCCCUUUGGGUAUUGUAUCAAUGUCAAUCUCGUGGAUACUUCGCCAGAGAACGGUGCGACGGAGGUGUGGCUCGGUAGUCACUCGGAUACCGACAAGCAUGUGCUCGACCAGUCGGUGAAGCACAAGCAGAUCCGAGCAGAGCUCCUAGAGCAGCGGCGAAAGAUCAGUCCGCCAAUCCAACCCAGCCUGCCAAAGGGUUCCCUCGUCAUUCGGGAUUUCAGGCUCUGGCACGCGGGCAUAGCCAACAAAACCGACGAGCCGCGGGUAAUGCUGGUCUCGGUCAUGUUCCCCCAGUGGUAUCGCUCCAAAACCCUCAAGAUGAAGCUACCGGCUAGCAUCAAAGACAAGAUCGAAUGGGGUGAUGUGGUUCCAUGCGUUGACUGGAUGCCGGAGGGAUUCGACUAUCUCCAGGGAGCUCAUGACCAUGACUUUACUCUGCAACCUUGA